AUGUCCCGCGAAGCCUACCAAGUCCCCACCGCCGGCGCCGCCUCCGCGCCCAGCGCCGCCGCCUAUCAGUCUUACGGCUCCGAGGGCCCCCAGAUGCAAUAUCUCUGCGGCGAUUGCGGUCUCAAGUUCCAGCUGCGUCGCGCCGAUCCCAUCAGAUGCAAGGAGUGCGGUUGUCGUAUUCUUUACAAGGAACGGACCAAGAGAAUGGUUCAGUUCGAGGCGAGAUGA